AUGGACCGCAUCACACAUUUUCUCGCUUCCGAUUCAUUUCUCGCAGUACUCAUUCCCCUCUUGCUCUCUAUACUCGGCCUCCAGCUUGUUGGCACGCCCUCAGUCUCCGACCUGCACAGUCUUCUUAAUCGCAUUCUACGUGGUGCACGAGGUGCACGCACGCCGUCGCAUUUCUCCGUUGAGCGCGCAGUACGCUCCUACGAACAGUAUGCCGAGCUUUCUGGCAACGAGCUUGCACGCAUGCGCGCAUCCUAUGCGAAACUGGGACGCGCGCACAAACGCAUAGGGUACGAGCUCGCGUAUCCACGGAAGCUUGAUCGGCUGCAGGAGGCCAUCUGCACGAACGCGUUGGUCGCGGAGGGCAUUGUGCGGCUUGCGCGAGAGCAAUUUCGAGAGAGGCUGCAGGAGGUAAACGAUAUCUCGGGAGAUCUGGUGAGAGUCAGGGAGUCACUGAGGCACUUUGUACGCGAUUGGAGCAACGAGGGGAAAGACGAGCGAGAAAAGAUCUUUGGUCCAAUCCUGGACGUGCUGCGGGAGGUGGACGAGGAGGCGCGUAGAACGAUGAGCGUGCUCGUCCCUGGCUCAGGUUUGGGCAGACUUGCUUGGGAAAUUUCCCAGUUGGGCUUUCAUACCACGGCGAACGAGCUGUCUUUUUUCAUGAACCUCGCAUUCCGCUUCCUUUUGUCCGAUCACACAACCCAGCACGUCAAUCAACACACCUUGCAGCCCUACGCGAGCUGGUUCUCGCAUCAACGCACGACAGACAGUGUGUUUCGAGCCAUCGCAUUCCCCGACGUCGUUCCGCGCCUCAGCCCUUCACUUCAACUCGCUGAGCAGGACUUUCUCUCCCUUCGAAUGCCGCCACAUCCUUCCACGAAACAAAUUGCAGGCUACGACUUCAUUGUGACCCUCUUUUUCAUCGACACCUCCCUAAAUGUGCUCGAGACGAUUGAGCAUGUACACGAGCUUCUGAGGCCUGGAGGGACGUGGAUCAAUCUCGGACCAUUGCUCUGGACGGGCGGCGGGCAGGCAGCAGUAGAACUGAGUUUGGAGGAGGUCAUGGCUCUGGUGGCAAUGACAGGUUUCCGAGUUGAGAAGGAGGGCGCGGGGAGAAGGAGGUCGGUCGAGUGCGAAUAUACGGCGGAUAGGAGGGCGAUGAUGAGAUGGUUAUACCAGGCUGAGUUUUGGGCUGCCACAAAGAUUUAAUGUAUAAGGCAGUGGGUGGUUAAGACCAUGCAAUCAAUUUGUAUCGUUUAUCGCAGGAUCACAUCAAGAGAGAACACCGUGACGGUGCUGAGGCAG